CCUGCCCCAGCCCCUGCCCCUGCUCCAGCCCCUGCCCUCCCUGCUCCUCCCUGCCCCUCUCUGCCCGGCAGGGAGGCAGAGCUGGCAGGGGCACCCCAACACAGGCCACGGGGGACGCAUGCAGGCCGUGCGGGCCCAGCUCCCGAGGCCCUUCUCCUGCUGCCCGGCCUGCUCUGGGGCAGUCUGCUUCUCGAGUCGGCUUCCCACCUCAUUGGCUGCUCCCCCCAGGGGCCAGGACCCUGACACAGCAGAGCCAGGAGCUGCAGAGCCAGGAGCGAGGAGCUACGGUGGGGCUGUUUGCGCAGACUCGAUGGCUUGGAGGCCCAAGAGCCGUGGGGCCCUGAGCGUGUGGCCCCCACCACCUGCGUGGGGCCCUGGUGGGUGUGGGCUCAGGAGCGUGGGGCCCCGCAGCCUGGCGGGGGGAGGCCAGGGCGGCAGCCGAGCACAGAGGGGACGGAGCCGGGCUGCUGGGAGGUGGGAGGCCAGGCCUCUGCGGUGGCUGGAGGGACAGCACAGAACGGCCCGGGGCAGCAGCCCACUGACACCCCGAGGUGCUCCUGCUGGCUUCACCCCAAGGCUCCGUCACGGGACCCCUUGGGCCGCACGCUCCCUGGUAGCCGGGGAGACCCCUGCCCCGCUGCGGACGCCAGGGAGGCCCCUCCGUGCAGCUGCCACCCCAGCGUGGCCGUCCCCUGAGCUCAGACGCCCUUCCCCGGCUGCCUGGGUGAUGACGGGAGGGCGCCCCCGCUCUGACCCCGGUUCUGCGCCUGCUCUGGUCACUCCUCCGUGCUGCUCCUCUGGGCAUCGUGCUGCGCCCCCGGUGUCCCUUUACCCUUCCCCGGAACCGCGGGAAGCAGCCGAGCAGUCUCAGCGGGUGUGUGUCUUGGCCCAGCAGCGGAACCCACAAACCAGGGGCAUUUCCGCUAGGACGGGACAUGGGGCUGACCUGGCCCCGGCCGCCUCCUCACAGCCACGGGGAGGUGACCUGCCCCGCUGCACGUGCCCAGGCCAAGAGUCCACCCCAGGAAGAGGACACGGCUUGCUUGGCCUGCGAGGUGACUGCCCGGCAGGGGGCAGGAGCAGACUGGCACAGGGUGGGGAGCACGGGGCGGAGAGGCAGAGGGAGAGCGCCUGGGUCCCGCAGGUGUGCGGGGAGGGAGGGUCCCCCUGCAGACGGCAGGACACGCGCCACAGCCCCUGGCUGGUGGUGGCCAAAGCUGACCAAACCCGGGGCGCCUGGGUGGCUCAGGCAGGUAAGCGUCUGCCUUCCCGGGGUCCUGGGAUCAAGCCCCGCGUCGGGCUCCCUGCUCACUGGGGAGCCUGCUCCUCUCUUCCGCUUGUGGCCUCUCUCACUCCCUGCGUCUCCCAAAUAUAUAAUAAAAACCUUUUAAGAAAACCACCCCCGCCCCCCGCCAGCAAAUCCUUCUCACCUGACGUACAGAGAGGGAGUGAAGAGAGCAGGAUGGGUGGUGGCCCUCGGGGGGCUGGUGACUGUCCCGCAGUUUAAAGGUCAGACCCCGCUCCCCUCGCAGCCCCCAGCGCCCCUCCCGCACCGCACCCCGUGGAUUCACAGGUGCUUUUACGCCCCCUUCUUUCACACAAAAGGGGGACUGGUCACCCCUUCCCACACUUUUCCCACUUUUCCGUCUCCAUGCGUCAAGCGUCCCGAAGGAAGGUCCCCGUGUUAGCUCGAGAUGCUGUUUCCUUCUGCAGCCACCAAACCAUAAUGAGCCGAGGGUCCAGCCUUGGAGGGGGGGCGGCCAGGCCCCCAGAGGGCCCUGCGGCAGCCGCUCACCGUUCCCGAACGCCGCGAGCACCCGGCCCCCACCAAAGCCAGCCGCGGCCUGAACACAAGGGCACCCCACGCACGACCAAACGCCGCUGUUGGUCUGGUGCUCAAGCUCCCUCUGGAGUGGACCCUGCUCUGGGACAGGACGGGGGACGUGCUGACACCCCAGCGGCCACCGCGAGCAGGGCUUCCUGCCGGUGGAGAAUGCCAGAUGGGAUGUGGGGUGACUCUGGGCCGAGCUCCCCGGUUCCCAGCCCUGUCCCUCCCCGGGGGUCAGCCCCCUCUCCUGGGGCUGCUCCUGGGGACCUGACACCGGUUGAGCGUGUGGAGGGGGGACAGAAUCAGGUUGUGGCACGCACGACCCGCCCCAGGGCCGCCAGUGUCCUCACCCGGCUUCAUGGCGCUCAUGACAGCACGGCAGCUCCGCAGCACCGCCUCAUAGAUGGCCUUCUGGUCCGCGGUGAACUUGCCGUUGGCCGGGAACGAGCACGUGAUGUCAGAAGAGAAGCAGUAAUACUCGCCACCCAUGUCGAACAGGCUGCAGGGAGAGGAGCCUGUGAGGUUGGGAUGCCCCCAGCCCUGCUCCCCCCGCCCCACCCCGGGACUCAGGGCAGCCUGCUGGGCCCCGGGGGUGUCCGGGUGCCGGGCCCGAGCCAUCCGGGUCGCCAGCGCAGGCAGCAGUACGGGGCCUCCCACCCUCUGACCCCAGAGCUGGCAGCCUGGAGGGAGCAGGGCCCAUCCUGCACGCACGCCCCCGGCCCCGAGGCCUCUGCUGGCCAGGCCUCUGGAUGCCGGGCUGUGGGCCUCGCCUGGAUGGGGGGGAGGGACGGAGACGUGCCCAGGCCCUGCCUCGCCACCUCCACGCAAGCACUCCCACAGACCCCCAGGGCUCCCCUGCCCGGCGCUGCUGGUGGCAGCCGGGGGGUGGGGGGGGGCUUGGGAUGGAGGCCCUCACGGAUGCACGAGGUGGGCUAAGCUACACACCCAGCUCCCCCGGGCCCGGUGUCUGAGUGAGACCCAGCGGGUGGCUCUGUUCCAGCGCCACCCCCCCCUUCCCCCCGCCCAGAGGGAAGUGUGGCUCUCCCCGCUGGGACAGAUCCGCCAGGGCCUGAGGGAAGGACAGGGCGGCCCA